AUGACGCAAAACAAACCUGUUAUUGUCAUCAUCCCUGGCGGCUUUUGCAGUCCAGAUAUUUACCAAGAUGCUGCCAAUAUUCUUCGAGAGGACGGCUUCACAACAAAGGUCACCAAGUUAACAACCACUGGAAACGUACUGUUGGAGAACACCACAGACGAUGAAUACAAAGCCCUGGCUAGUAAAAGUAUGCUCGACGACGUCAAAGAGAUCCGUGACAGUAUCACCAAAGAACUUGAUGAGGGUUCUGAAGUCGUUCUCUUUGGCCACAGCUAUGGAAGUCUCCCUGGCCUUCUCUCUAUUGAGGGUCAUACCCUGGAGGAACGCAAGGCGAAAGGACUUGCAGGAGGGAUCAAGGGUUAUGCGGCUGUCGCUGGAUUCGCGUUUGCUGUGCGCGAGAGGAACAUUUAUGGGACUACAGAACAAGGGCCCGUGAUGCCUAAUCAUUCACAUGAGGAGGGUGGCCUUGUGCAUCUUCAUGAUACGUUUAAGUCUUCCUUUUUCAGUGAUCUACCAUCAAACGAACAAGAAGAAGCCUGGAAGAAGGUCCUGAGCAGCCAAAGCCGCAAGAGCUUCGAUCAUCUGGCAGACUUUAUCAACGCGGAUGUCAGGAUCCCCACGACAUAUGUCAAGUGUGAGAAAGACGAGGUUCUCCCUCCGGCGUAUCAAGACAAUUUUAUCCAGGCAGGGGGGUUUAGUAAAGUGGAAAGUCUGCCUUCUGGUCAUUUUCCAUUUCUAAGCAAACCGAAAGAGACGGCGGAGCUUUUUGAACGGAUUGCUAUGGCAUAA